UUUGUCCUGCAUUUUUACUUUAUUUCCCCGGAUGCUGCUUUCAUCCCUCAUGCCUCUGUACAACUCCCUUUAUCUUCUUUCCUCCCCACCCCUUAUUUUGACAGCAACAUUGAUAACAACCUUGUCCAGCGACAGUGAGGACGAAUUGUCAGAGUCCAGCACAGUGCCCAACCUCUUUGAUGAAGAGGUGUUCACCAGGCAGUAUACCAUCCUCAAGGCCUUAGGCCAGGGUGGCACGGCCAGGGUCAUGCUGGCUCAGCAUCGUCUCACGGGUGCCACAGUCGCGGUGAAAGCCCUGGUGAAGCAGGAGAAGUGGUGUGAGUCCAAGAUAUCCGAAGUCGACAUCAUGAAGAUUCUCAGUCAUCCUAACAUCGUUUCCCUCCUGCAGGUGAUAGAAACAGAAAAUAACAUUUAUUUAAUUAUGGAAGUGGCUAAGGGAGAACAGCUGUUCCAACGCAUCCGGAAGGGUGGAUACCUGAAGGAAGAUGAGGCUAGAAGAGUAUUUGUUCAGCUGCUCAGUGCCAUAGGCUACUGCCACAACGAAGGCAUCGUUCACAGAGACCUUAAGCCAGACAAUGUCAUAAUAGAUGAGCAGGGAAAGGCGACAAUUAUUGACUUUGGCCUAGGUGCCAGAUUCAGGCCUGGGCAAAAGUUGGAAAGGCUGUGUGGAGCCUUCCAGUUCAUUCCUCCGGAAGUCUUUCUAGGCAUCCCUUAUGAUGGCCCCAAAGUAGACAUCUGGUCCUUGGGGAUUCUUCUAUAUUACAUGGUGACAGGGAUUGUCCCAUUUGGAGGGGCCACCUUGUCAGAACUUAGAGAAAAAGUUCUGAAAGGGCGGUAUGACAUCCCCUAUCAGCUUUCCAAAGAAUUGAGGAGCUUGAUUAGUCUAAUGCUAAAAAUGAACGCAAGACAGAGGCCUAUGGUCCGGGACCUCAUGAGUCACCCAUGGCUUCAAAAGGGGGAGCAGAUGUUUAAAAUUCAUCCCAAUGAAGUCACCAGCUGCCCAGAUCCUGGGAUUGUAGCAGCCAUGCAAAACAUUGGAUUUAAUGUUCAGGAUAUAAGUGAAUCUUUAAAACAUAGAAAGUUCAAUGAAACAAUGGCUGCAUACCAUCUAUUUAAAUGUCAGGUAUGCCAGGACAAUGAUAAUAAUGUCCACACAAAGUUCAUGAACCCAGGAGCAACACCUUUUCCUUCUUAUGAAAAUCCUGACAUGCCCCCACUGCCACUCAAGAGGAGGGCCAGUGAACCUUUCCUUCAGAUGUUAGUCCCAUCCUCUGGAAACCCUCUUCUAAGACAAAGGAGGGGGAUGAAUGUUCCUGACCUACCGGAGAAGACACCCACCCAGGGCAGAGAUCACAAACGCUCUAUGACUGCUCCGUGUAUUUACUUGCCAAGAAACAUUGUGAUAAUUAUAGAAGAGAGCAGCUUUUCCACUAGCUCUGAGUCAGAAAAGACCUUAAGUGGCCUGGGACACAGCAGGACUUCAACCUCAAGCUCCCUGCAGCCCAGGGGCUGGGCAAGAUGGAAGACGAGGUUUAGGAAAUGCAUUCUCAGAUUAUGCUGCUGCAUGUCACCCCACAAAAAGAGUCCAAGGAAGGUGCACCCCAAAAAGUGAGGCGGUACCAUAAGAUGACAAGAAGUGCAAGGCAUGGUCCAGACUUUAUCCUGGUUGGCUUCUCCACCUCAGUGCAUGCAGAAGCCCAGCCAAUCAGCAUGUAAGUCUACGUUUCCUCGGUCUGCUUCUCAUGUGGCUCCUGUUUCUGGCUGAUGCCCUAGUACCCAGGCAACCUGACAUCAGAGGAAGAUUGGGGACAUCAGAGUCAGACACACUGCCCUGCUUGUCAGAACAGAAAGAGCAGGGAGACUGAUGAUGCCUGCCCUCAAGACUGUCUGGAAAUGGACUACCCCAGACUUGAUGUUCCAGCUCAGGUUGGGAGCACAUUCCUGCUUCAUCCACUAAAACUCAACGUGCAGCUGCAGCAGAGGGACUAGCUCAUGUGGACAGGACUUACUUACACUUCUGUCCUCUGAGACCUGCUGCUUCUGGGAACUACUCUCCCCAAAGGACUGCUCUCCACUGGCUUGGGGGAGGGCUCUGAGAACUGACAGCUGUGACUCUCCCAGGCUCUCUUGAUUGGCUGGCAUCCUGCUGUCGAUGGGGCCUAGGGGUUUCUACUUUGGGGGUUGUAUUACUGCUUCUUUUUGUCUGGAUUAUUGCCCCCAUGUUGGAACUAAAAUUCCCUCUUUUUGCCUCACUUUACUGUUUGUCCACUGCAAUCUUAGAGGUUAAGGCAACCAUCUGAAAUUAGUAGAACUGACUCUGUCACAGCCAUCAGGGAGUCCAGCCAGUGGCAUCUCAGUUAACAGGGACUGGUCUGGGCCUCAAGCUCAGACAUUUAUAGAGUCUACAUAAUUAACUUUCAUUUUUACUAUGCACAUUCUGAAUUUAUUGGAGACCACAUUUUAAAUUUGUAGAGCAAACCUACUCGUCAGGAUACAUUUUAAGCCUCAGCUUUUCUCAAACCAGUUCUAUGCAAGCAAGCAUAUUUCCUCUCCUCCCUCACCCCAUCAUAAAGACUGUUAUUGUAUUAUACCCAAUGUUUAUCACAGAAGUACUGUUUUUGUUUGUUUGCUUGCUUAUUUUACCCCAGGGUCAUUUCAGCCUGGAAAAGUUCCAAUUAAUAUUCAGCUAAGACCUAAAUGUAUAAUUUAUAAUCUGUAAAAGCAUUUCUUAAAUAUGCUUUCAAAAAAUUGGGAAGGAGAUAAAGAGACAGCCCAGGGAAAGCUUGGUUGUAUUAAAAUUGUAUAGAUUUUCUCCUUGAGCCAACUGAGAGAACUAUAUAUGUUUAUGGGACCUUUUAUAUUUAAAAUCCACAUCUUGAGCUGGAGAAUUAGCUCAAUGGUUGUGUGCUUGCACCUAGUAGGUGCAAGGCUGUGGGUUCAACUCCCAGCAUCUCUAAAUAAUAAAAUAAUUUAGAUAAUUGGUGGUGGUUUGAAAACCCCCAUAGACUCUUGUGUUUAAAUGCUUGAUCCAUGGGACUGGCAUUAUUAGGAGGUGUGGCCUUGUUGGGGUAGGUAUGACCUUGUUGGAGGAAGUGUUGCCUGUGGAUCAAG